AUGUUGGUGGAUUGGUUGAACACGAGGCGAAGCGAGAGUUCAGUUCCGAACACAACUCGAGACGAUGUAACCAGCCAGGAAUUGGAGUUCUCUGAGAACGAUGCUCUGGUCGAAUUGGAUCAAGAUAGGAAGUUCGAUGAAGAUGCAACAGAGGAAAUCUUACAGGGAGAAUUAGAUGAUGAAAAUACGGUGAACGAAGAAGUAACAUCGGACAAAAAUCAAAUGAGUGAUGAUGGCAACAAGGAUGAAUCAACAAAUGAGAGAAAUAAUCAUACAUUUGAUGACGACAACAAACCCACUCAACAAGAUCGAGAUGAAGUGCGCCGGUCAAACGCCGAAGAAGGCAAUGUUCCUACCGCUAACCCUAACCCUACCGCUAAAUCUUCUGGAAAAACAUCUUCAAUUAAACAUGCUGGCAGUAAAAUUUUGCCACCAAAUAAAUUAUCUAUGAAAAAAAAAUCUUCGACCAAAAUGCCAACAGAGUUUGGUUCUAUUUUAAAAGAAUCCCAACGAUCGAAUAAUGCAGAAACCGUCGGAGAGGCUGUCGAAUUGAAUGCCAACAAGAAAUUUCAGCAGGAUAAUGUGGAUGCCGCUGUUGUGGGAAAUGACAAAUUUUAA